UACAGGAUUGUCGAAGAGGCCGGGAAUAUUUUCGUAUGUUUAUUGGCCAUUUGUCUUUUCUCUCCUUGAAGUGCCUGUCCUGGGAUAACUCCCUGUUGACGGUUCAUCCUAUGUUAUUAGAACCUGAGGUCUCAGUCCCUGGAUCAACAGGCACUGGGUUAGGUGCUCGAGACAAAAACAGGAAAAGCCGAUCAGGCCCAGCCCUCCGCCCAGCGGGGGAACCGGACCCUCCUCCCGCCAGGGGCUCUGCACCGGCCACCCUCAGCCUCCGCGCAGGCGCCACCCCACGCCGCCCCAGGCUUCCUCUCCGCGAGGAAGUGGAGAACUCCGGUCUCAGGUCGCCCCCGAAGGCCGACCGCGCGGGGCGGAGCGGGUGGAGCCCAACGGCCCCGACGCCGCCUGGUCGCCUAGCAACGCCCCCACGCUGAGCCAUGCAGGCCGGAGGCAGCAGGGAGCUGGAGGCCAGGAGUUACUUGGAAAAACACCGGAUUAUGGAGUUGCUGAACUAUCUCACCAGCACCCUACUCUUUUUCCGGCCGGAAAAACCAAGAGAGUAUUUAAUAUCUAUAUUGGAACGACUGAGAAUUGCCAAAGUAACAGGCGUGGCUUUUCCUUUCUUUAUGGAUCACUCUAACAUCGUGUCUAUGUUUGAGAUGAUGGAUACUUCACAUAAAGGCACCAUAUCAUUUGUGCAGUACCGAGAAGGCCUGAAAACCCUGGGUCUGUUGGAUGAAGAUGAAGUUUUACAAGAUGAUGGACAUGUGAUAACUUUGGAAAAAUUCAGAUCUGAAGUGAACAAGAGGACUGAGAAAAUAUGGUCAGCAUUUUAAUAACACCGUAAGUCCAAGAUAAUAAAUGAUUCUAUAAAGUUUUCA